CUGUUUCAGUCAGGUUGGUACUGAGCUGAGUUACACUGCUGUCUGCUGGACUGGAGGAUCCAGACUGUAAACUACACACACUGGGGCUGUCUGGCUGUCUGGUCACAGAGGAGGGCUGUGCUGCUCUGUCUUCAGCUCUGAGGUCAAACCCCUCCCACCUGAAAGAGCUGGACCUGAGCUACAAUCACCCAGGAGACUCUGCAGGGGGACUGCUUUCAUCUGCUCUGGUGGAUCCCACAUAUAAACGGAUGAAGCUGAAUGUGGAUCAUGGUGGAGAGUGCUGGCUGAAAUCAGGGCUGAGGAAAUAUGCCUGUCAUCUCACCCUGGACCCAAAUACAGCAAACCCCCACCUGAUACUGUCUGAGGGGAACAGGAAGUUGAAACGGGUGGUGGAGGACCAGCAUUAUGAAGACCAUCCAGACAGAUUUGACUGUCUUUAUCAAGUUCUCUGCAGAGAAGGCUUAUCUGGGUGUCGUUAUUACUGGGAGGUGGAGAGGGGUGGUGGCAUGGCGGACAUUGGUGUGGUGUACAAAGGACUGAAGAGGAAGGAAAGGGGGAGUGACCGUAGGAUUGGAGACAAUAGGAAGUCUUGGUGUUUAGUCUGCUUUGACAAAGGUUAUUUAUUUAAACAUGAUGGAGUCAGCAGAUCCAUCCCUCGUCAUGUUUCUAACAGAGUUGGAGUGUAUCUGGACUGGCCAGCUGGUACUUUGACCUUCUAUAGCGUGUCCUCCUCUGGUACACUGACACACCUUCACACAGAACACACCACGUUCACUGAACCCCUCUAUCCUGGGUUUGGGAUUUACUCCGCCUUCUCAGUGACCCUGUGUCAGAUAGAUGACCAACACAUUCAGAGAGACCAUGGUGGAGAGAGUUGUAUCAAGCCUGGACCUGAGGACACCAGAGACCAGCAUGCAGGAUUUUAG